GAGUGGGUGGGUGUAUAACGCAAACGUUAGCGACACAUUUUUGCUAAUCAGCAACUUUUCCACUUACUUACAACUUUGGGACCUCUUAGCAUGUUGGCUAAACCUAACCUAUAUCCUAAAUUUAACCCUAAACUCUAGCCACCUAGCUAGAACUCGUAACAUAUUGUAAUGACCUGACUAGAUAAUUAAGGAACAAUUGUCCAGAUUGAGGCUUGAGUUUACGAAUUGACGGUUUAUUAACCCAACUUUACACAGGCUACUGUUUGGCCGUAGCCCACGCAAAAUAAAUGAAAGAUAACCCACAAGCCAACCGUGACCUUAUUUUGUGAAGACCAGACAUAAGAGAGAGAACAAAAGCUAAACCUGGUCUUAACAUCCAAUGCUCCAACCCCCCUCCAUGCCACUCCGCCAACCACCAGGAUGCCCGGCAUCAGAACAUUCCAGGCAUUCCCGUGAUUGGCAUAUGGCAGGUUGAUUGGCAUUUCGGAGCCCGCGAACACUGGGUACUGAUACAUUGACCUUCGUGGACGUAAGGAGGAAUCAACGUUAUGUCACUGCUCAGAAAUGUGUUUAUUGUGUCUGCUAAGCGGACCCCGUUUGGAACCUACGGUGGGGUGCUGAAGGAUCACAGUGCAACAGACCUAGCAGAGCAUGCCUCCAAGGCUGCCCUUGCUGCUGGGGGAGUUGCACCUGAGCUUGUCAACAGUGUUAUCUUUGGAAACGUAAUGCAGAGCUCUGCAGAUGCUCCAUACAUUGCCCGUCACGUGGGCCUGAGGUGUGGGGUGCCCAUUCCAGUGCCUGCUCUCACCGUGAACCGCCUGUGUGGGUCCGGCUUUCAGUCAAUCAUCAAUGGCGCUCAGGAAAUCUGUUUGAAGGAUUCAGAGGUGGUGCUGUGUGGCGGCUCGGAGAGCAUGAGCCAGGCGCCAUACGCUGUCCGCAACGUCCGCUUCGGAACCAAGUUCGGACUCGACCUCAAGCUAGAGGACACUCUGUGGGCGGGGCUUACUGACCUGCACAUUAAGAUCCCCAUGGGCAUCACAGCAGAGAACCUGGCAGUGAAAUAUGAGAUCAGCAGAGACGACUGUGACAAAUACGCACACCAGACCCAGCAGAGGUGGAAGGCAGCCCAUGAGGCGGGCCACUACACGGCAGAGAUAGCACCCAUCGACGUGAAGGCAAAGAAGGGCAAAGUACCCAUGACCCAGGAUGAGCACCCUCGUCCCCAGACCACCCUGGAGCAGAUGGCUAGGCUACCCCCUGUCUUCAAAAAGGGAGGAACGGUUACUGCCGCCAACGCAUCAGGUGUGUCUGACGGCGCUGCUGCCGUGGUGAUAGCCAGUGAGGAAGCUGUGAAGGAGCACAAGCUCACCCCAUUGGCAAGAAUAGUGGCCUAUCACGUCUCUGGCUGUGACCCAAGCAUUAUGGGAAUCGGCCCAGUCCCAGCCAUCACAGAAGCCCUGAAGAAAGCAGGUCUCACCCUCCAAGACAUGGAUCUGGUGGAGGUGAAUGAGGCAUUUGCUGCUCAGUACCUGGCUGUUGCCAAGGCAUUGGGUCUGGACCCAGAGAAGAGUAAUGCUGAUGGGGGGGCUAUUGCCAUUGGCCACCCCCUGGGAGCCUCUGGAGCACGCAUCACUGCUCACCUGGUCCACGAGCUCCGGCGGAUUGGGGGAAAGUAUGCUGUGGGAUCAGCUUGCAUCGGUGGUGGUCAGGGUAUCGCCAUAAUCAUAGAGAACACUCACUGAGGAACCAAGCAAACCAUCCACAAUUAGAAUUACCAUCCACACUCUUAACACACACCACACCCUAUAUACUCAAUAGAGUAUAUGCCAUAUACACACUCGAGUAAGACCUUAUGUUUUUGUCCAAGGUAGAGUUUUCUUAGUAUUGACUUAAUGUAAGAAUAUCCACUUUCCAAUGUAAAAAAUAAAUAAAAAUGAGGCUCUUUGUACGUUUGACCCACAUUUCAAAUUAGACAUGACUCCAGCAUCUACACUCAGAAAAAAUACAAAGACCUCAUAAUUACUCCAGAAAAUGGUUGCUGUUUCUCUGAACACAGACAAUGGUAUUUGUAUGUUUAGGAACAUAAAUGUCUAAACUUCCUUUCUUGGAUGUUUCAUAUUCCUGUUACCUUUUUCUAAAAGACAGUAUGGUUGCCAUACAUGAACAAUCUGCUUAAAGAGGCCUUGUGAAUCUGAAGGGCUAACUCCUGUUUUUGUAAGUCUUUGUUUGCCUUGCUAGAGACAAUGCUAGCUCAUAGCAGGACAUACCAUUUACAUCUCGCUGUAGUAUAUGAAUAGUUGAGGUGAGUGUUAUUGAGUUGAGGUAACCAAUGUUGCUUUCUGUGGAUUGAGAAGUAACUGCAUAAUUGAUCCAGAAUUUCUUGCUUGAAUUAUCACUCCUUUGCAUGGAUCACCAUUGCCUUAUCUACUGGAUAUAUAUGUGAGAUGUGUGUGUAUGAUGUAAGGUUGCCUGUAAAGAUCUUAUUUUUUUAUGAUUAAAGUGAAAACCUGGGAUUCACAAAUUUAA